CGUGUUCGCAUUCUAUAAGAGUUGCAGCAGAAGUUGAAGUUGCUGUGAAAAAAGUUUACUGAAAAUUUUAAAUCCUGUGAACUAUAACUAUAAAAUCGACAUAAAAUGAGCGCUUCUGGCAAAAGUUUACUAGGUCUUUGGCUCUACCGUAGCGGUGAGCAAGAAUGGGCUGUAAAGCAAGGCAGUCCACUGCAUACGCUACGUAAGGAUACAUCGAAUUCUGAUAGUGGUACAGAAAAGGGUAAUCUUGAACUGGCCGAUUUAAAUCGCCAAAGCUCGCCUGCUGAUCGCGUGUCUAUAAUUUUUACUUUGAAAAAUCAAGUUGGAAAUUUGGCUAGAGCACUGCAAGUUUUCCAGGAAUUAGGCAUCAAUGUUCUACAUUUGGAAUUAUCACCUUUGGAGAAAAUCACUAAUCAGGCUGAUGUACUGGUCGAUGUAGAAUGUGAUGCCCGACGGUUAGAUAAAGUACUGCAGGUGCUUAAUCGUGAGGUGCAGUCCGUAAAUUACACUGCUGUACGUCCAAUGUCUCGAGCGCCGUCCUUAUCAGCCUGCUCUAGUUUUGACUUUGGUGAGAUGGUUUGGUUUCCACGCAAAAUGUCUGAUUUAGAUAAGGCACAAAAUGUACUCAUGUACGGCUCAGAGCUAGAUGCUGAUCAUCCAGGCUUUAAAGAUCCUGUCUAUCGUAAGCGGCGUGAGACAUUUACAUCUAUUGCCAACAACUACAAACACGGGCAUGCAAUACCACGUGUAACCUACACACCGGAUGAGAUAAAAACUUGGGGCAUCGUCUUUCGUGAACUGCAUCGUCUCUACGUCAAGCAUGCAGUGCGUGAGUAUAUGGAAAAUUGGCCGGAAUUGGUUAAGUAUUGUGGUUACCGUGAGGACAAUGUGCCGCAGUUGGAAGAUGUUAGUAACUACUUGAAACGUAAAACCGGGUUUCAACUACGUCCCGUAGCUGGCUAUUUAUCCCCACGUGACUUUUUGUCCGGAUUGGCUUUUCGUGUUUUCCAUUGCACACAGUAUAUUAGACAUUCUUCGGAUCCCUUCUAUACGCCUGAGCCGGAUUGCUGUCAUGAACUUUUGGGUCAUAUGCCAUUGCUCGCUAAUCCCAGUUUUGCACAAUUCUCACAGGAAAUUGGGCUGGCCUCACUAGGGGCUGCGGAUGCAGAUAUUGAAAAGUUGGCAACGUUAUAUUUCUUCACGGUUGAAUUUGGACUGUGUAAGCAACAGGAUAAUACUUUCAAGGUAUAUGGCGCUGGUCUAUUGAGCUCUGUGGCUGAACUACAACAUGCUAUAACUGCUAAAGAUAAAAUAAAAAAAUUCGAUCCGGAUACUACUUGUCAAGAGGAGUGCAUUAUAACAUCCUAUCAAAAUGCUUACUACUACACAGAUUCAUUCGAGGAGGCCAAAGAGCAGAUGAGAAACUUUGCCGACAGCAUCCAGCGUCCUUUCGGCGUGCGCUAUAAUCCAUAUACUCAAGAGGUGGAGGUACUAUCGAAUGCGCAGAAGAUCACUGCGUUUGUAAGUGAGCUCAAGGGCGAUUUGAGCUUGGUUUGUCAAGCUAUGCGUAAGAUUUCGGCAAACGACGAACAAUUGGACGUAGAUAGCAUUGCUAAUAUGCUGCAGACAACGCUAAAUGUGCGUGGUGACAGAACUCCGUGCAGCUCCAAUGUAAGUCCAGACAAUUCAGAUAACUCGCAGCACUCGGUAGGUGAAUAGAGGACGUUAAAUGUUAUGCGAAAAUGGCUGCAACGAUGGAUCACGAUGAAAGUAUGUAUGUUUGAAUAUGGACAAAUUCUUAGGGAAAGCACUAAAAUUUAAAAACGAAAAGAAAAACAAAAAUAAAAAUCAUACCUAUUACUCGUAGAGAAAUUUUAUUUGAUAAUAAAAAUUACUCAGUAAAUGGAUGUAUGUAUGUAUAGAAGAAUUUAUUAAAAAAUUUCCGUCUUUAUGUAAU